AUGGCCUCUCCUGAUCUCACAUUAGACAUUCUCUGCGUCGGAGCUGGAUUCGCGGGUCUAUUCGAGUUGUAUCAUCUUCGUUCUUUGGGAUACUCCGUCAAAGUCUUCGAGGCAGGAGGUGAUAUCGGAGGUGUUUGGUGGCAUAACUGUUAUCCAGGUGCCCGCGUCGAUUCCAUCGUCCCCGUUUACGAGUUUUCAGAUGAGAAGCUCUGGAAAGACUGGUCUUGGACCGAAAAAUACCCGGACUGGAAAGAGCUUCGUCGUUACUUCCAACAUGUGGACGAGAAACUAGAUCUUCGAAAGGAUAUCCUAUUCAACCGCAGGGUGGUAUCAGCAAAAUGGAACGCAGGUAAAGACAGGUGGCUUAUCACUUCGCAAGACGGCUAUGUCGUUAGCGCUCAAUUCUUUCUACUUUGUGUUGGAAACGACUCGAAAAUAUACAUCCCGGAUUAUCCAGGAAUCAACAAAUUCCGUGGGAGUUGCCAUCAUACCGCGCGCUGGCCACAAGGAGGAAUUGACCUCUGCGGGAAGCGUGUUGCAGUUAUCGGGACAGGCGCAAGUGGAGUACAGGUUGUGCAGGACGUCGGUCCUCGAGCCUCUCAACUCACGGUAUUCCAACGUACUCCCAACAUCGCCUUCCCCAUGCGUCAAAGAGCGAUCGAUGAGGAGACUUCAAGAAAAAUGAAGCAGGAGCUGUAUAGUACCGUGUAUCGGAGACGUAGGCAAACCCUUGGCGGUCACGCCUACGACUUGUGCCCCAAAUAUUCAUACGACGCUACAGAGGAGGAGCGGAUCCUCUUUUAUGAAGAUCUAUGGAACAAGAGUGGAGGUCUCCAAUUGGUCGCAGCCAGCUACCUUGACAUACGAUUGAAUCAGCAAGCAAACGACGAGCUUUACUAUUUCUGGAGAAGAAAGGUUUUGGAAAGGGUACAGAGUCCCCGGCUGCAAAAGAUCCUUGCUCCGGAAGUACCCCCACAUCCAGUUGGAGCCAAGCGGCCAAGCCUAGAAGUCUCGUACUUCGAUACUUUCAACCUCCCACAUGUCGAAUUGGUUGACCUUACCCAAGAUCCCAUCGUAGAAUUUACUGAAAAUGGAAUCCUCACGGCUGACGGGCACGAACGUGAAUUCGAUGUUAUUGUACUUGCUACUGGCUUCGAUGCUAUGUCCGGAGGCAUUACUCAAAUAGAUAUCGAAGGGACGGAUGGAAUAUCUAUUGCCGAUAAAUGGGCGAAAAGUGUGCAGACAUAUUUGGGAAUGAUGACCGCCAAUUUCCCAAAUAUGUUCUUCAUUUACGGUCCUGGCGCCCCGACUGCAUUGUCAAAUGGUCCGACGUGCAUUGAGGUACAGGGAGAAUGGAUUAAUGCUUGUAUUAAAGACAUGAUGGACAGUGGGGUGAAAUGCAUCGUACCUUUGCACGAGGCCGAAGAACAAUGGCAGCAAACAGUUUCUCAGAGUAUGUCGACAGGACUAUAUGAUGCUCCUACAUCUGUUUUCCUAGGACGAAAUAUCCCGGGAAAGGUAUCAGAACCCCUAUUGUUCGUCGGCGGAAUCCCGAAAUACACUGAAUUAUGUCGAGAGAAAAUGUACAAUGGAUAUGAAGGAUUCUCUAGGACAUCGUUGAAAUGA